GGAUUGCCGAUUAUCGAACCAAAACAGGUGCCUCUCAGCCUCUCAAUUGAUCAAAGCAUGUGUUGUUGUAUCCAAUGCACCUAUCGCGUGGCAAAUUGAGCUCGUCUGGUUGGGCAACAAUAUCCCCGACUACGGACUGGGGCACACCAAGCGAAGUAUCGAGGUUGAGGCUGAGCAAGGCGGACAUUACGCACGCAUGCGUACGCACUCAUGGUGACCAGAGUUACCAUCUCUGGCCGCCUCGUUUUUGCUGGUUACAAUUGCUCACUUUGCGUUCGGUACACUCUGGUCUGUUAUUGUGUUUUAACCCCUGCACAACCUUGAUUGCGUGUUGUUGUUUGCGUCGGUCACCUCUGUCUCUUCUUUUUUUCUUCUCAUGCCAAAGAAAACAACAGACCGCCCACUUGCCAUAAUCUGGGGUCUCGGGAAUCUACGAUGGGGCGCUAGUACUGGCAACGUAUUCAUGGAAGCAAAAUCUGAGCAGCCUUGGGUACUUUGACCUGCCCUGACGGAUGCCACUAACCCAACCCAGUCAGCCCAGCCACCCAAUUGGCUCGCCCGUCUUUGAUAAUUUCGAUGCGAAAAAGCAAUUUCUGGAACCGCCUCGCUUUUUUGGCUCUUGACGCCCAAUAGAAAAAGUUCAAAGUUAACCGCAUUUACCCCACCAAAGCCGAACAGUCGGCAAUUGACGACAUCAUUAGAUUCCCAGACUUGCGGCGCUUCCUCUUUCGUUCAACACGUUGGGAUCGGGGGGCAAUUCCGAACGCGUCACCACAUACAUUAGGUAGCCGCAGCCAGCCGUAGCAGCGAUUUAGCACUUCCGUGCUGGGUUCAAGGCCCACCACUUUCAACCGGGCGUAGUGCACCCGCAAGGCCCCAGUUUCCGCCAGGCGCCCAAAGGAGGAGCUUAUACGGACUUUUGUUUCAUUUGGGGAACCCUGCUGUCGGCAGGAAAACGCGACAAGGGAGAAGAAGAAAAAGAUGUCAAUCCGCAUCGUCCUGGACAAUGGCCCGCCCGAGUACUACUCCAAUCUGGAUACCAUCUCCGGGCGGGUGCUUUUGAACCUCAACCGCGCGGAGCAGGUCGGUGCCGUGGUGGUUAAGCUCGAGGGUGAAUCGCGCACCGCCCUGGCCGUCCCGACCGUGGAUCCGAGCUAUCCGGGCAGCGUCUACCCCGGCGCCCGUGGUGCGCGCCCGGCCAGAUUACCCGGCGGCAUCUCGGCGCCCGGCCAGGUCAUGCACGAGAACCACAAGGUGCUGUACAAGGUGCAGCAGGUAUUUCCGGGUCCGGAUGCGCCGGGCCACGGCGCGGGUCCCCAGUGGCUCAACCCCGGCCCGCACUCGUUCCCAUUUCGCUUCAAGAUACCGAUGAACAACAUGUGCGGCGACCCGCGCGCCAUGGCACAGAUAGGCGGCAUCGGAGGCCCCGGAGGGUUCACCGACAGCCCGGGUCUGUUCGGCAUAGGUGGUAUCAGGGUCAUGGACGGGAGCAGGCAGCUGCUGUAUGCGCACGUCAACAAGCAGCUGCCGCCGACGUUCACGGGCCUGCCGCACCAGGCAGAGGUCGGGUACUACGUCAAGGUCACGAUACAGCGCCCCGGCCUGCUCAAGGAGAACUGGCGCUACAAGAUCGACUUUCGCCUCAUGCCGCUCGAGCCGCCCCGGCUGCCGCCCACGGGCCAGGAGGCGUACGCAAGGAGGCCGUUUGCGUUUCGCCCGAGGUCGCCGGCAAGCGCGUCGGCUGCCAACGAGGCUGGGGACAAGAAGAAAAAGAGCUUCUUCGGGUCUGGGUUCGGUGGGAAGAAGGAUGAGAAGUCGUCAAACAACCCAUUUUUCACAAAGGGGUCGGUGGAAGAGAGUGGUGGCGGCAAUAGUGCUGCAAAUGCGACACCCAACUCGCUCGACCCGAAUGGCGCCAACGGGCAGCUGCAGAGGGGUUUGGCGCCGUCGGUGGAAAUGUCGGCUAGGUUGCCAUAUCCCAGCGUACUGACGAUGGGCAAACCACUGCCGUUGAGGCUUAUGGGCAAGAAGCUCGCGCCCAGCAGGGGAGAGCAUGUGUUUCUGACAAGUUUGCACGUCGAGCUCAUCGGGACGACCAAAGUUCGGUGCAACGAGCUCAACAACGUCGAGACGUCGAGAUGGGUCAUCGUAUCCAAGUCAAACCUCAAGGUCCCAGUCAUCGACCCCGAAGGCCCCGUCGGGUCGGAAAUUACGCUGCCGGCAUCCCUCUUCCUCAACGAUGUGAUUCCCAGCGGCCUCGGACAGGCGGGCAUGACGCCGGCUUUUUCGACGUGCAACCUCAGCAGGACCUUUAGUUUGGAGCUCAAGCUGGGCGUCAGCUGGGGACUGCGCGAGACUCUUCCCCGGGACGUGCAGCCGCAGGCGCUCUUCCUACCUCUGACCUUUUCGAAAAUCGACGUCUACUCUGGCAGGGUGAACCCCGAGGUCCAAGCCCAUGCGGCUCCAGAGGCGACGGGACAGGCCGAGAUCGCACCAGCUCUGCCACCGAGGAGGCCGUCUGCUUCUACGCCGAGUGCUGCGGCUGGCGCUAAUACUACAAAUAUUGCUGCUGCUUCUUCCUCUGCUGCAGCCGCUCCACCAAUACACAGCCCUCCAGCCCAGGUCAGCGGUCCCGGUGCUGCGCCCGAAUACGAAGCGCCGCCACCGAGUUACGAGGAAGCUAUGAACUCCAAGACUUAGUGGUAUACCGAGUUCCUUAGAAGGCCUUUUUGAUUGCUUCAUCCUAUAUAACAUUUUACUGCAUUAUUAUUAGCGUAUCACGUAUACCUACGGUAGAUCAGGUAAUAGCUGGCAUCCAGGGCGGCGUUUAUUUGAAUUCAUUCUACAUAAUUCAGGUUAGGGUUAAUGAAUGACGUUUGGGGUUUGGGGAAUUCUGCUGCUUGGCGCGUUGUGAAUUUAAUGCCUGCACCCCUUUGUGAACUGCGGGGUCAAGCUUGCUAAGUGAAUGGUG